GUCGGCUUUGGCCGGCACUUUGUUUUGCAAUUGCGAAUUGUGCUGACAGUACUGUACAAGAGAGACGUGUGCUCCCUGUCUUUUGGAAGACCCUUUUUCAUCAGGCUGCCAUCCUAAGCAUUGUACGGGUGUCCUGGUACCGGGCAUGACGCCAAUUCCCCUGCGCGUCGUGCAAGUGCCUCUCGUUCUCUCUCGAUCAAUUUCGGCAGCAAUUCCUUCUCCAAAGUGGUCAUCUCAUUUUCCUCAUAAGCUUUCAUGACCCAGGCCUUCGUUCUUGGUGGUCUGUAUCUGAUUGCUGCUGGAAUAUACACAGCCAAGUGCUCUGGGAGUUCCAGGUUCUCAACCGUCAGUAAAGCGAAAGCACUAGGUUUGACAUACCCUGUGUACCUGGUAGGCUUUUUGGAUACGUGCAAAGACAAUCGCUUUCUUCCACUCAUCCUGGAUGGUCAGACGCAGAGCUUGACCCAUCCCAAACGAAUCAUCGACUGCCUUGACGCGAUUCUUCUGGAAUGGCGUGAGCACGUUGCUUGCGUGGAACUCCGUCAUGUUGCGUGCGCCACUGUCCAGUAUUGCUUGACAGACUUGAUGGACACUCGAGGCGAGGUAGCUCAUCGUACGGGCUCGAAGUGACAGCUUUUCAAAUUGGACAUACUUGAAGAGACUGGAAAGCUCAGAUGGUGUCACUUCGUCGAAGCUCGAGGCACAAACGGUGAUGAAGCGUGACAGUGCUUCGUCUUUUGAUAUCAAGAUUUGGUCACGGCAAGCAUCACACAGGAUUGCACUUGGUGUCAGCCCAUGAUCUUGUGCGAUUGACUCACUUGAGACUUGCGUAGCGCACUGCCAUACCUCUGGAUCGACAGUGGUAGCAUAUAUGAUCGAGCCAGAGGAGACGAAAGUAGUUGCGAGGGGACAUGAAGGAGGGAAGUUGGGCAGGAAGAUCUGAGAUCUUCAAACGCGCCUUGUCAUAAUGUCUGAAGUCAGCGCGGG